CAGACAGGACACCCGACCGGUUUAUUCACAGAGAACAUAACUGUGUACUCAGCGUCGUUUUGCACAUCGCUAGUAGCCAUGAGCGUUACUCCCAGCUUCAUGCCGAGGUUAUGCGUUAAGCAGCCUUACCUUCGUUUCCCAAAGAGCGCUCUGACAGAGAACAGACAGGAGCAGACCCCAGAGUACCCCAGAUACUAAAAUGAAUCUCACACCCGCUGCUGCCAUCACAGACAUGAACACCUGUGUCAAUAGUUUUGGAAAUAACACUCUGUUGAGUUCCCAGGCUUCCCUCAUUUCUGGUACCAUCUUUCUUGCUUUGGCGGCCUCCCUGGGACUCCCCGGUAAUGCCUUUAUCAUUUGGAGUAUAUUGUGGAAAUUGAAGGGACGAGAGAAAUCCGUGACCUGCAUUCUUAUCCUCAACCUGGCAGUUGCUGAUGGAACUAUCCUUCUCCUUACCCCAUUCUUCAUUACUUUCAUGGUCAAGAAGAACUGGAUUUUUGAUCGAGCAGUCUGCAAAGUGGCCUAUUAUCUAUGUUGCCUUAAUAUGUAUGCCAGCAUCUUUAUUAUAGCUUUAAUGAGCUUGGACCGGUUCUUAGCUGUCUUCCGACCAUAUAUGGCUCAGUCUCUCCGUAAACGGGAAGUUGUGACAAAAGUUCUGUUAGCCAUCUGGCUUUUGGCUGGUGCUUUGGCUCUCCCAGCUUUUGCUUACCGGGAGGUAAUUCACAAUCAAAAGCUGAAUAUCAGUAUUUGUGAACCUUGUCAUGCAAGCCGUGGAGAAGCUAUAUUCCAUUACACUUUUGAAACGCUUGUCGCCUUCUUGGUUCCUUUUCCUAUGGUGUGUAUUAGCUAUGUGUUAGUAUUGGUCAAGCUCAAGACAAGCCGAUUUGGUCAAAGGUCACGAAUAGAAAAACUAAUAGCAGCCAUAUUGGUGACAUUUGCUGUUCUAUGGCUUCCAUACCAUGUGGUCAAUGCAAUGCAAGUUGUUUCAAAUCUGACCACAGGAAAUAUAUCUGAGAAACUAGCAAAAGCGUCUAAAGUGAGCAGAGCUGGAGCUACAGCUUUGGCUUUCUUCAGUGCAUGCGUCAACCCUCUGCUUUAUGCAUUUGCUGCCUCUGACCUUUUUAGGGUAUUUGGGGUGGGCUUUGUGGCAAAGCUUCUGGAGGGGACUGUGGCAGAGAUACAGAAAAGGGUUAAGUCCCAACGAGAUCUUGUUAAGGGUCUUGUUAGAGUUGGUAGCCGGGGAGAAUCCGUGGACAUGGAACUGCGGAAUGGUGUGAAAGAAGUGCCCUUGAAUGGAGAUCUAGGACCUUUUCUGCCAACACAUAACUCCUAGUUACUGAAGUGCAC